UUUUUUCAAAUAAUUCGGGGUGUCUCUUCAUCUGCGUACUGUUCCAUCGGCCCAAUCAAGUACUUUUAAGAUAGAUACAGGAUGGGUGACGAUAAAGAUAGCGAACCAAGUACAGAGACUAUUGAGAUGCAGCAGAAAGCCCCUGCCGUGACAGAUAAAAAGUCAUCCGCAACCAGAGGCGUAGAGAGGGAGGACGUAUCCGUGCCUGUUUCGAGCAAAGCCGAGAAGGAUAAGCCUCCAGAACCGCCAAAGCGGGAUUACGACAUCGAAAACGCGACGGCAAAGGACAGCGAGGAAGGUUAUGCUAGAGUGAAAAAGAAAAGCAAACUGGGUUCUUUUCCUAGACCAGAAGUCAUAUACAAGCCGGAGACAACAGAAUCGUGGAUGUCUUGUCUCAGGAAUACGUUGGUGGUGUUUAACCUCCUCAUAUGGAUUUUAGGAGCAGUACUGACUGCCCUUGGUGUUUGGAUCAAGGUUGACAGCGAGUUCCUGGACAUCCAAACUGGACUGAAUACGACUCAGUUCAAAACAUCUGCACACAUACUCAUUGCUACAGGUGUCAUUAUCAUGAUUGUUGGAUUCUUAGGCUGCUAUGGAGCAAUCGCCAGUAAAAUAUGGAUGCUAAUUUUGUUUGCGAUUAUUGUGGUCAUUAUUAUCUUGUUGGAAAUCACGGUAAUGGCAAUUGUAUGGACAGCAAGUACGAACAAAGAUGUGAAAGAAGAUAUUAAACUGCGAGCAAGACAGGCUAUGUUUGAGAUGAGAAAAGACGAUGGAAAGCGAUAUUUGAUUGAUUUGUUACAGUCUAAGCUGAAAUGUUGUGGAGUUGAUGGUCCUGAUGAUUACAGUUUAGAUGAAAAAACACCGACGCAUAUUCCAACUUCAUGUACGAACGAUGAAACAGGAGGACCUUAUCAAAAAGGCUGUUUUGAUGCUACUGUUGAAUAUUUUAAAAACAAAGCAGCUGUUCUCGGUGGUUUAGCUGUCAGCGUUUUCAUUUUACAACUUGGAGCACUUGUUUUCACUAUAUGUUUAGCAUGCGGACUCAAACAAGCAGCUACAAGCAGCAUUUUUUAAUAUAAACAAAAGGAAAAGUGAACGUAUUAUUGCUAUUAGAAUGUUUUUCACUUCUGUAGUGUAUAUUGUGAUUUUUUUGUACCAAAAAUAUAUAUUUUGUAGAAAAAUAAAAAUGUUUUUAUCUUAA